AUGCUCGCCGGCGCCUCCUCCCCCACCGCCGCCGACGCAGAAGUACUCGCGCGCCGCCAACGUGCUGGCCAGCUUUGCUCAACCACCCUUCUCCGGAUCCAGUCCUCCCAGUCCGCAGAGCAGCUGAGUGAAUGGUCCCCGGAGGAACGCAUGAUUCCCACAACUGCCUGUCUGCCUGCCUCACCAAUCAGGAUCCAUCACUCCUUCAAUCCCACUGGUUGA